UCCGCCCCGCCCCGGGAAUGCGCUGCCCGGCGGCCGCUCGUAGGAGCUGCGCGGCGGGCGGGGAGCGGGAUGGAGGUGGAGGAGGCAUUCCCGCUGGUGGGGCAGAUGGGCCCUUACCAGGUGUACCUGUGCGUCCUGCUGGCCGUGCUCCUCCAGCUCUAUGUGGCUACUGAAGCCAUCCUCAUCGCAUUGGUGGGUGCAACUCCUCCCUACCACUGGGAUCUCCAAGGGCUCUCAGCUAAUGAGAGCCAUGGCAACCAUUCAGUGAGUGAGCAGGGAGCUUUUGGGGAAUGGCUUCUGACUGCCAACAGCAGCGAGGUGCGUGAGCACGUACACUUUGGCAGCAGCUUCACAUCCAUAGUCUCUGAGUGGUUUUUAAUUGGCAAUGCAUCAUACAAAGUCAGUGCUGCCAGUUCUUUCUACUUCAGUGGCGUGUUUGUUGGAGCCAUCUCCUUUGGCCAGCUGUCUGAUCGCUUUGGGAGGAAGAAAGUCUAUCUCACAGGUUUUGCACUUGACAUCUUGUUUGCCAUUGCAAACGGAUUCUCACCCUCGUAUGAAUUCUUUGCCAUUUCCCGAUUCUUGGUAGGGAUGAUGAAUGGUGGGAUGUCACUGGUAGCCUUUGUUCUACUGAAUGAGUGUGUGGGUACGGCCUACUGGGCAUUAGCAGGUUCUAUUGGUGGCUUGUUCUUUGCUGUUGGAAUUGCCCAGUAUGCUUUAUUAGGGUAUUUCAUUCGUUCCUGGAGGACUCUGGCUGUUGUGGUUAAUCUGGAAGGAACAGUCGUCUUUCUCUUCUCUCUAUUCAUUCCCGAGUCCCCCCGCUGGCUCUAUUCCCAGGGCCGUCUGAACGAGGCAGAAGAUGCCCUCUACCUCAUUGCAAAGAGGAACCGCAAGCAGAAAUGCACUUUUUCAUUAAAACUCCCAGCAGAGAGGAGCUCCAGAGAGGCUGGCAGCUUUCUGGACCUGUUCCGCUACAGGAUUCUCCUGGGACGCACCUUGAUCAUGAUGUUCACCUGGUUUGUGUGCAGCUUGGUUUACUACGGUCUUACCCUUAAUGUGGGUGACUUAGGCGGAAAUAUUUAUGCCAAUUUAGCCCUGUCAGGCUUGAUAGAAAUCCCAGCAUACCCAGUCUGUAUUUACUUGAUUAACCAAAAAUGGUUUGGUCGGAAGCGAACGUUGAGUGCAUUUCUGUUCCUGGGAGGAUUGGCUUGUCUUAUUGUCAUGUUUCUGCCUAAGAAGAGAGAUACUGGAGUGUUUGCAGUGGUCAAUAGUCGCUCUCUGUCUUUGCUGGGAAAACUGACAAUCAGUGCUGCUUUUAAUAUUGUCUACAUCUACACAUCAGAACUUUAUCCCACUGUCAUAAGGAAUGUUGGAAUGGGUGCCUGCUCCAUGUUUUCCCGUGUUGGUGGAAUCAUUGCACCUUUUGUCCCUUCAUUGAAAUCUGUACAGUGGUCUCUGCCUUACAUUGUGUUUGGAGCAACUGGUCUGUUGUCUGGGCUCUUAAGCUUGUUGUUGCCAGAGACCUUAAACAGCCCUUUGCUAGAAACUAUUUCAGACCUGCAGGUGUGCUCCUACUGGAGGCUGGGUGAUGAAGCCAUGUCACUGCAAGCCCUAGAUGGCUCACAGUCUGGAGACAAAGACAGCUCUACAGGGAGUGGAAGUGAAGAUGAGGAGUUCUAUGAUGCUGAUGAAGAGACUCACAUGAUCAAGUAA